CAGAAACAGUGCUCUACUGGAUCUGAAAAAGUAGCUCGGGCUUGGCUGCUGCUGCGCUCUGGCAGGGCUUUUAGAUACCUAUUUGUUCGAUACCAGGAAGGGGAGUCGGGGGACUUCAGUUUUGAAAGUUCAGGUGCUUUACGCCAGCUGUCCAGAAGAGUUUCCUCAGCUCAUUUUUUCCUUGCUGCUAUCAGAAAUGGUGAAAUUGUAUGUAAAAGUAAUUUUAUUUGACGUAUAUCGAUGUGCCAAGGCUUAAAUGUAUAGAGCUCCCAACUCACAAGUUAACGAAUUCCAUGAGAAUUUUAGGAGCGAUUCUAAACCAGACCAAAAUGUGCCUUGGUGCCGCCCCAGCGGAUCGCGUUUGUCUCUUUGUUUCUCCAUGCUCUGUGCAGUUUUGAAGCCAGGCAUAUAUGGCAGUACUGGAAAGGGAACAUACCCUAGGUGUUACUUGAAGAAGUGUUGAUGCUUUGCUCUUUUCUCCCAAGUCAGUUCCAACCCAAGUCUCCCAGCAAAUAGGCCCGCAAAGCCAGUGGAACCAUUUGUAAUGUAUAUGCCAGCAACCUGUUUUUACCCGACGCUUAAGGAUCACAUGGCACAGCUUUCCAUGAUUAACUUUGGUAAUGAUGAAGGCUGGAAGGUUUUCAAGUGCUUAGGUGGAGAAAAGCAGGGAUAAAGUUGGAACCCAAAGCCCAGAAUGGCAGGAGAGGAUGUGGGGGCUCCACCAGAUCACCUCUGGGUUCACCAGGAGGGAAUCUACCGCGACGAAUACCAGCGUACAUGGGUGGCCGUCGUGGAAGAGGAGACGAGUUUCCUCAGGGCACGAGUCCAGCAAGUCCAGGUUCCCUUAGGUGAUGCAGCUAGGCCAAGUCACCUUCUUACCUCCCAGCUACCUCUCAUGUGGCAACUCUACCCAGAGGAGCGCUACAUGGAUAACAACUCUCGCUUGUGGCAGAUACAGCAUCAUCUAAUGGUCAGGGGAGUGCAGGAGCUGUUGCUUAAGCUUUUGCCUGAUGAUUAACCUGGUGCUGGGACUCUAGGAAGAUAUGCUCCUCUGUUGUGUUCAGUAUAUGGCAAUCUUCACCCACCACCACAGCGCACCCACUCUUGGGCCUG